AUGCCAGUGGUAGAAGUGUAUGGUGUGGAACAAUUUAGAGAGUUUGUAAACGAUGAUAUGCUAACAGUUGCAUGGUUUACUGCUGUAUGGUGUGGCCCCUGUAAGACAAUUGAGCGUCCAAUGGAAAAACUCACGUAUGAUUUUCCAACAGUGCGCUUUGCAAAGGUGGACAGCGAUACAAAUUCUGAAAUUGUAUCGAAGUGCAAAGUACUUCAACUUCCAACCUUUAUGCUUGUUCGCAGUGGUAAAAUGCUCGGACAUGUCAUUGGGGGAAAUGUGGAAGCAUUGAAGCAAAAAAUACGGGAAAACAUGAACCCAAAGUAA